GGGAUUCUUCAUUAGCACCUUAAGCUAUGAAAUAUAACUGGCGACAUCAUUAUAUCGCAAUCGUUGUUUUGAUAGGAUUAUAGUGGUAAUAUAUAAUAUUAAGGUAUGAAAUAUAUUAUACACAUCAUACUUGUUGCGUCCGUGGUUGUGGCGGCGACAGAUGACGAUUGGCACACGUCACACGACGAUUGGCGCGACCCCCAUGAUAUGUUUGGGGAACAAACGGUCGCGAAAAAGAACCCCAAAUCCGAGGUGGUUUGCGAGAAGUGUUUGGAUGAGAAUGAAAUAUUAAAGAAAUGUAACUGCAGUGAUUGUACCACGACCGUGAAUGGAGAUGGUGAUAUGAAAACUUAUGAUCAUAUUUUCAUGAGACGCAUCAUGAGGUUUUAUCUAUCACAACUAAGUAACGUCGGGAUACCACCUGCACAAACACAUUAUAAAAUAUUGGUUGAAUUAAACGGAAACGAUUGGGAAGUUUUGUCGAAUUAUGUUGAAGAUAAAAACGACAUUCCAAUUCCACAUGUAAUGAAAGUAUUUGAGAAUUCGUUCAAAACAAUUUCCACUGGACACGCUGACGAUCAAAGUUGGGAAUUGAAGUUUGAGGAAUAUUUUCAUCUUUCAAUUGACGACGCGAUAAAGUGUUGCGUUUUGUUGUUGUUGAUUGUUGCAACUUUAACACUCCAGUUUGUGAGCCUGAUAUCGUGGGCAACUCAGUUUAAACGACUGCUGGUUCUUUUAUUAAUCCAAAGUUUCAUAAUGACGUACAUACAUGAGUACCAGGUAACGUUAGCCGAACACAAAAGUGAAUCUUCCAAGAUCCCCGAAAGUUGCCAACAAUCCAUGCGCAAACUUACAACUGUAGAAGCUUUCACGCAAACAUUUCGUGACAUGUUUAGCACAGCGAAACACCCAUGCACUCAAUACCAUGAAAACUUUAUAAUCUCCCCCUUCGUCAAAGUUCCCCCCACAAAAAUCAUCGCUGUAACAAUGACCCGGUUUCUACUCGAGCCUCUAACCCACAUCGGAACAAGUUUCAGUCUAACUUUCAAAAACAUGUUUUCCCAACUUCCCCUUCAACUUUGGAUCCCUGCGUUCGUCUUCAUCAUCAUCUGCAUGCUCACCGUGCUCAUGUUCUUAACCGUCUGCUUUGGGUAUUCAUGGACGUUGAACCUUCCGUUCUGGUCGGGAUUCCAGAUCGCCCCACAACAACAACAACAACAACAACACAUGCAACAAAUGCUUGAUAACUACAACAGACAUCAACUGCAUGCGAUUCAGGAGUUAUUGAAUGAAAGACGACCAACCAAUAAUAACGAACCAGGGAUGUUACGGAGCAUAAUGUCUUCGAUUGGACUCCGAUCAAAUCAUGAUGCCCCCCCUAACCCCAGGACCCCUCAAGAACCCGUACCUGCUGCUUCUCAACCCACCCCGCCACCUGGGGUAAGACGACGCACCCCUCGAACACCGUUAAACGACCUCCCUGAUGAUACUGACCACCCCACACCCAACCAACCCCCAUUUGCCCACAACCCCCCACCUUACCCUGCUGAACCCACCAACUUACCUUACCCAAGUGAACCCACCCACCCCCCGCAAAGCCCCCAUACACGCCCCCAACCCCCGACACACCCCCUCCCACGUUCCAACUCCCAGGCCCCUGAACACGACCUCCACGCCACCGGCGACUUCUCCGAUAUUUUCCCGACAAAUUCCCACCGCCCGUGCCAAGUUGAGGAAAUCCCCCAAACCGAUACAAGUCAUGUUUGUAAUGAUGAUGUCAUAAUGGAUAACAAUCAUAUUGUUCGUGACAUUGGGUUCGUUUGUGACGCAACAAUCGUGCCACGCCCUGUAAGUUCCGACGAUACUCACCCGAAACGCCAUGGACAACAAACUGCCGCGUCAUCACAAAACAACAAGGACUAAGCAAUAUUUUGACGCUUUUUUAUUUAAUAUUUUGCUUUGAAAUUUUUAAGUUAAAUUUCUGUGAAUAUCAUAAUGUUUGUAUUUUACUUGUAGUUGGUUGGUUAGGUAAACAUGAGGUUGAUACCAAGAUUGCAACAGUUGGUCAACGCAGCCAAGAGCACAAAGCCGGUGAAAGAAAGCACGAUAUUUCACGCCAACGCGAACACACAAUCAGCUAAAGUUGGCGGUGCUCAAAGCUCCGGGGAUUAUGCCGGAGUUGCCAUUUCUUCGAGGGAAGAAUUAAAAGUUCAUUUCCCGCGACUUCAUGAACUGCAAGAGUUUCAUUUGAAACAAUUGAUCGAACACAAACUACCAGUCCAUAUGUCGGGGAAAUACGACAACAUUUUGAUACCGAUGGUCACGGUCGUUACUUUGUUGUGUUUCUUGUAUAACGUGAAGUGGUUCCUUGAGUUCAAGAAGUAAUUUACGAACAAUUUAUUAAAACAAAUGAAUAUUUAUAAGUUAUGUUUGGGCCAAUUCAUAUUUAUUGCGAAAUAAAUUUUUUUGAAUAUAUUUUAAA